GGGUUGGUCGGGUGGGGGCAGCAGGUGGAAUAUGGAGAAAGAGGAAGGAAGACGUUGAGCUCAGGCACCGGGGACAACGGGGGGAACGGGGCAGCCGGCCAGAGCUACGAACUGGGUCACUCCAUUGCUUAGAAAACUACAAAUGGCAUCAUAACUAAGGACUAAGGAAUGUCAUGGUUAGAACUAACAACGAGGAACGCAAGGAGUGAUAUUGUAAAUGAGGGGAAAUCUACCAGGUCUUAUGUUAGUCCUCUAUCCGACGCAAGCAAUAAGUCCAGUGAGUCCAUUUCUAGUUCUCUUAUUUUUGAAGAGACUACAAGAGUUCCCUCCAAAUCAGUGAACAUGUUCAACGUAGGAAUGAAGCCAAGACUUUCACCAAAGCCAUUUACAAGGGAAAAACCUCCUGAAACCCGAAGGACCGUGGGACUGUCUGCUCUGUCUGCCGUAAUGAAUUCAGAAAGUGAUGUGCCAUUUCCAACUUCUACCAGCAUUUCUUUGUCUGAUACGAAAACUGAAGACCAUGAAAGAGUAGGUCGUAGAAUUUUUACCUCCAAAUAUCAGACAGAUACUGAAGAGGACCAAUUAAAUAAGUCGGAUGUUUUUUCUUCUACCGUUUUUAGUAGAAAACAGACAAGCUCUAGCUGGACAUCUACAGACAUCGGAGAAUCUAAAUUAACGUCACAGGCUAAUGAACCGAAAGUGACAUCAAAACCUCCACUGAUGUCCAAAAAAACAGAUGUUUUACAACAGCAGGAAAAAGUCCAUGCUAGCUCCUUCAGAAGACCCUCAGCAGAUGCUACAGAUGAACAAAUGGAGGCUGUGGAAAAAGCAAAAGAUAACACAUUCCUGUCUGAUUCAAUGGACAGCUUAACUGUUCGAGCUCAGUUAAGGCCAAAGCGUCGUCCAAUAUCUAUGUUUCUAGACCCUGUAAGUGACCAAACACCUGACAGUAAAAUAACAACAGACAACAAGAGACCUUGGAAUAGAAGGCCACUAUCAGAGGACCUUACCUCAUUAUUUGAAAGUGGAGUUCUUGGGAACCAAAAAGAGAGUCCCUCUGAAGAAACUAAGGAAAAUAGACCUUUAAACAAAAGUUCCUUAAACAGUAGCAUCACAGAAGCCCAGCCUGAUUUGGCAUCCAAAGGGGGAGAUUUUAGUAGUGCUAAAAAUGGCAGCAAUGAAACAAGAACAGGUAGAAAUAGGAUUUCUUCAAGAAAUUUGUUUUCUGAAAGGUGGACAAAAGACGCUAUUACAGAAACAAGAUCCAGUACGGAGCAGGAAAAAAACACUGCUACUGAGGUUGACUCUAUAAUGAAGAGGUCGGUAAAUAAUAAUAAGGACCAAGAUUCUAAAGCUCUUCCUGAUUCCAAUAAUGACUCAAGCAGUGAGGUAAAGAAUGCAGAUGGCAGUGGCAUUGGCAUUGCUGCUGGGAUCACAAAAAGACGAAUCAGUCUCUAUCUUGCCAAUACCAGCUCUUCGCUGGAUUUACCUGAUUCGCCUACAAGUAAAGACAAACUUGCUUUUACAGCUGAGAGAAUGACUAGAGCAAUCGGUUCUGAUAAACGUAUUGAAUUGGGAAGACCACAGACGGCAUCACAAUAUCAACCUGCAGACGUGACUAAGAAGUUUUCAACACCAUCUUCAAAUGUGGAGCCAAGAUCAGAGAAAACAGAUGAAGAGAGGAAUGCCCUGACCUCACAAGAUGUUGGAGUUCAAAAGGAAAAAAAAGAUUGGAGAACCAGUGAAUUUUCAGAAGACAAACUACAGAAACCAAGGAGGUCAUUUAGAAAAAAAGAAACUUUACCACCACAGCAAAAUGAAGAUGUUUUUUUUGAGAGAAAAAGCAAUCUUUAUAAAGAUAAGCAGUUUAACAAUACAACUGAGGAAGCUGAAGACAAGUACAAACAACCUGUCAGAUCAGAUGACACAUUUAGGACUGUGAAAGCAACAAUGUUUGAACAUAAUGUAGAAUGGCAUAGCCCCCCUGAACUGCUGAGUGGCAGAAAUCCUACAUCCAGCCAGAUUGCUAAAAGUGAUCUUUUGUCUGAAAAUACAGAAGGUAAAAAAGAUUCAGGAAGCUGGUCAAAGUGGCUGAGUGACGAUAGUGUGCAUUCAGUCACACAGCUCCACAAAGGAAAUGAUAUCUCGGGCAUAAGGUUCAGCAAUAGCAGAGCUGGAAAGGCUGAAUCACCUGCAGCCCACGACAUACUUCAAAACCUCAAAGUUGAUGAAAAAACGCGUAUAGAGCCAAGGUUCGAAGUCAUCCAGGCAGUUGGAGAAAGGGUUUUAAGUGAAUCCAUUCAAAUGGUCCCUGAAGACAAAGCUGUGACUCUUCGAUCUCAAAGAUCUUUCCACAGGAAAGAAAGGGAAUUGACGAAUUUGGAACUGGAUGAAAGUAUCUCACGUCGUCCAGUAAGCAGCCUCCAGAGAAGUAAGAGUGAAUACAGGAGGAGAGAUACAAGCUCACAAGAAAGCUCAACUAAUAAGUAUGCGUCUAGAGACCUUGAUUUUUCAUUUGUUAGAAAUAGUUUAAGGGCAGCAAAAAUUGACACAGUGAAAGCACCAGAAGAUAGGAACUAUGAAACUAGUGGGAACAAAAGCACUGUAGACGCAACAGUCUCUGAUUUUCAACCAAAGUCCUAUAAACUGGACUACAAACCGAAAAAAGAAAAUGCUUCUGAACAAUGUUCCACUGAACAGUCUCUAUUUGGAAUUAGUGCAACAGAUGGCAAAGACAUGAAAAAAUCUUUGAAUGAUUUUAAUCGGCCUGCCCAUAGACCAUCCAGUGACUUGGUAGAGAAAGAGUUUGAAACAGGAAUAAGACCCGUUAAAGUAGAGCCAGCGGGAUUUAACUUAAAUAUUAGAGAGGAUACGAAAAAAUCAUCACUCAUCGAAGAGGAUAAAAAGGAAUCCUACCAACGAACUAGGUUUCUUUCUGACAAAGAGUCACCUGUAACCAAAAAAGAUAAUAAAGACGAAUCAAAUUAUUUGAUUAGUGAAAUGUUAAGCAAUGAGGUUGAACAAUUCAAAAAUGACUUGACUACGCAUAUCGCAAAAGAUACUAACAGUUUCUUAAGAGGGCAGCAGUUCAAGGAAGAAUAUGUCGAACAAUCUAAAUUGGAGAGAAAGCAAGCACCAUUUCAAGACAAGACCCCAAGCAGCAGUGGCAAAGGAAACCUGUUGGAUCUAUACAGUUUUGAGUAUGAGGAAACAAAGAGAAAACAGAGUAUGUCUACACUAUCUCCAACGGAAUCAAAAGCAACAUAUUUUGCAAUAACUGCAAUAGACAACAAAAAAGAAAAGAAUGAUAGUAAUUUUGAAAGCCAGAACAUUACUCCCAGCAGCUGGACAACAGAUGAAUUUUUUAAGCAAGAUUUGAAAAUGAGUACCACUAUUUCAGGGUCUGUCGCUGACAGCAUUUCUUACAGGUCAGAAGCAAUAAAUACACAAGGAGACUUUGAAACCUCAAGUGCCUUUAAAGAAUUAAAAACACACAGAAACCAGAGAGUUCUUGAGGAUGAUUCUGUUGCUAAGCCAGCGAAAAUUUUGGAAAAAAAGAGUGUUAUUGAUAUUGAUGCUUUAAUCAGGAAGCAAAAGCAAAAAACAAGCCUAGCUGAGAAAGUUUCUUCAUCAAGAGAUCCUAAACCUGAGCAAAAAAAAUCUACACCAGACUUGGACACUACAGAAAGUUCCCCUCUGAAUCUUGACAGAUCUUAUAAAUCUAAAGUUGUUGAUAUUGAUUCCCUAAUGGCAGAAUAUAAUGCAAAUCCUUCAAAAGAAAGCAUAUCCAGAGAUGAAGAUCAUAACCUACCCAAGUGGGAAAGCUCUAAAUCUAUCAUGGAGAGCACUUCAAAAAGUUCUGGCAGCAAAUGGAGGGAUCCCUCUGUAAAGCUUGUUAACAACGUUGAAAACUCCCCGUUUGAAACGGUUGCUUCAUGGUAUUCUUCUCAAACCACUACCUCAACAACAGAAAGCACUAAAGAUGCACACACAAUUUCCAAUACUGCAGAUCAUGUGAAGUCUCCAAAAGAUGCAAAAUAUGAGCAAUAUCAAGCAAAAGAGAGAGAUCAAGGAUUCCAAGCCCGUUCAGAAGGAAGUCAGAAUAUAGCAAGUUUUGAUUUCCCACAAGAGUCAUUAACAAGAAAUUUAGAGAACUAUAAAGCUCAGUCAAUACGGGUCUCAGAAUCGCCUACUGUAAUUGCGGACUGGUCAUCUUCACGUACCUUGGCCAAAACAACAGUUCUGGAAAUUAGUGUUGAUAAAGAAGACUCUGCUGCUGCAAAGCUUCACCAUAGGGUUUCUGUGAAAACUGAUAGGAAAUCCAUCUUAACUGAAGAAAGGCAACCACCUUCUGAAGGAAGACGGCCAGCAAAGGCUAGUGAUUUAAUUUCCCUAAUGCUAGAAAAUAAAGAAAAACGAAGGGAACAGCAUCGCGUGCGGCAGAGCAUUCCAGUGGAGCACCAAUUUGAGUCAACACACAGAUUAAAAAGCCAACACGAAUGGCAAUAUAGUGAGAGCAAGGACUAUUCUGAAAAAGAGAGCUCCAGACAAAAUGCAAAACUACACCGGGUACCAGAAAGUGUCAUGGACCUGCCACGAAGAAAAAGCUUAAAUAGACCUCGAGAGCGGGACUUAAAAUCAGAUGAGGACCAUGUAAAACAGUGUUUCUCAAGAUCCUCUACAAGUAACAAGGACACAGACUCGCUAGUGCAAGAUCCUGACCGACAGUAUGGAACCUGGAGCCAGGAUAAACCGCAGACUGAGGACAGGCAGCAGUGUAACCCGAAGGUAUGGAAGACUCCCUGUGUUCUUCAAUGGGCUCAAUGCUGUGUUACUGACUCGCCAUCGUAUGAUAACAGCAGCCGUAAGCAGCAUUCACAUAGUCGCCUGUCCUCACUGUCCCAUACUGAAACAGACCAGCAUGACUCUAUCACUGAAGCCCGGGACGGCAGUCUGGACCGUUGUAGCAUGGAUUUGGAUUCCAUUGAAGGCACUGAAAGCACACCUUCUGAAGUCAGAUCAGCUGACUUCUCAUUCAUUGAUCAAACAUCAGUGUUGGACUCAACAGCCCUGAAGAACAGAGUCCAGUUAAGUCGGAAGAGCCAGCGCCGUGCACCGAGCCAAUUACAGCGCAGAAGUCGGUUGUUGCAAUCAAGUAGCCAGCUAGCUGUGAUUGAGGACACAGACAACCUUUGGAUGUACAGUGAUACUACAGAAGAGAAGCCAGAAAAAAAGGAAGAGGUUGUAGAAGAAGAGGAGGAAAAACCCAAGAGGUCCUCUGUUCAUUCACCACGAAUGCCAAUGUUCCCAGGAAUGGACCAUUCAACUUUGAUGGCACAACUUCGGAAAAGGCAAGAUGCGGAAAGCAGUAGUGAAUCUUCACCCCAAGUUACUAAGUCGCCAAAAUCACCUCUACCACAUGGAACACUGGGCGUCAAACUUCUGCCAACCUCUGCAGACAAGCUAGACAAAGCUACAGGAGAAUCUCCGCAGUGGUUGAAAGAGUUGAAGUCAAAGAAGAGACAGAGCCAAUAUGAGAAUCACAGUUAACAGAUCAACACUCAACAAGAGUGAACACAGCAGUUUAACAUAAGCCUUAAUCCAGCCAGCCGUACAGAUGCACACCCUUCUACUGUCUUGCUUCAUCUCAGCUGCGACGUGUUCUGUGCCUUCCCAUUUUUGCAGAGGAAAAAAAAAAAGCUGCUUAGUACUUACACAGAUACAAAAAAAAAAAAUGUAUUUUAUUGUGGAGGAGAGAAAAGUCACUUUAAAAAAAGAAUAUCUACUUGAAACAGAGCUGUACAAAAGCCAAAGGUCAUGCCUCCUGAUGACCUUUUGACACAAAGUGAUUCAGGACAGUGGCCACUAAUGUCUGUCAGUGGAGCGAAUGUGAAGAACCUGAUGUUGUGCAUGGAUAGCCCAGUACAGAACGAGUGUGGGAAAUAAAGACUGACUUUUAUAUUUGUUUAUGGAAAAAAAAAAAUCAAUUUCACGAGAGUUUAUCUUUUGUUGCUUAGAAUAUUGUAAUUCACUAUCCAGAUGAUUUAUUUGUUCCAGAGUUUAAAUAUAUAUAUAUAUAUAUAUAGAGAGAGAGAGAGAGAGAGAGAAAGAGAACAAAAUGUUUACUGCCAAUAAUAACAAAAGCUUGACCACUUUUUGUAAAAAUACUUUUUAAAAUUCUUGAUUAGAGAGAGAAUGUCAGAAUGAACACAUUAUAUUUUAUGUUUCUGCGCUUUUUAUUUUGGGUUCUGCACAUGACUGUUUUUAUUAAGUGAAUAUUUUUUUUAGUCCUUUUGCUGUUGAUCUAUGUACACACACACACACUCAUUUUUAAUUUUAUCAUUAUUCAUUGUAUGACAAUUACUCUCUGACAGUUAUCAUUGUUCUGGCUAACCUGUUGUAACACACUAAAGUUUCCUAAUCCAGUA